AGUGAAAACCUCCGUUGAGUAUGCAGACGCAGAUGUCAUGUGAAAACCCGCAUGCUCGCUCUUCUAACUGCACAACUCAACCGUCCGACCAUCGCUCAGACCCGCAAGCUGUUGUAUGUUAUUUUCAAAGCUGCCUACACGCUCUGGAAUGCUUUUGCACAGACAUCAAGCUCUUUAACGGCCGUCCCAUCUAAACUUUUUUGCCGAGGAUCUUGUUUUUACAAUUCUUUAUGUUUGUUUCUUCAUGACUGCUGCGUUCGGGAACGCGUCGGCACCACUAUCAUGCGAGCCCAAAUUGAAGUUAUACCCUGCAAAAUCUGCGGGGACAAGUCAUCAGGGAUCCACUAUGGAGUCAUCACAUGUGAGGGAUGUAAGGGCUUCUUCAGGAGGAGUCAACAGAACAACGCCGCAUACUCCUGCCCGCGGCAACGCAACUGCCUGAUCGACCGGACCAACCGAAACCGAUGCCAGCACUGCCGGCUGCAGAAGUGCCUGGCACUGGGCAUGUCCAGAGACGCGGUGAAGUUCGGCCGCAUGUCUAAGAAGCAGCGCGACAGCCUGUAUGCGGAGGUGCAGAAGCACCAGCAGCGAAUAGCGAAUGAGCGGCUGCAGGCGUCGGGCGAGGCAGAGGCGCUGGCACGCGUCUACUCCACUGGCCUCACCAACGGCCUGGGAGCGCUCAACCAAGAGCUCGGCGGUGCCUACGCCAACGGCCACAUCAUCGACAUGCCCAAAAACGGCCAGAACGGCAACGGCGGCAUCCCAAACGGGCCGGCUGGCGGCUUCUACAGCAUGGACUCCACCCAGCCGUCGCCGGACCAGUCAGGCCUGGACAUGGCCGGCAUAAAGCAGAUCAAGCAGGAGCCCAUCUACGACCUGACACCCGUGCCCAACCUCUUCACUUACGGGGCCUACCAGGAGGGCCAGCUCACGCCGGGGGUCUCCAUGAGUGAGCUCGAUCGCAUUGCUCAGAACAUCAUCAAGUCUCACCUUGAGACCUGCCAGUACACCGCCGAGGAGCUGCAGCAGCUAGCAUGGCAGACGCACACUUACGACGAGGUCAAGAUGUACCAAAGCAAGACACGAGAAGCCCUGUGGCAGCAGUGUGCGAUCCAGAUCACUCACGCCAUUCAGUACGUGGUGGAGUUUGCCAAACGCAUCACAGGCUUCAUGGAACUUUGCCAGAAUGACCAGAUUCUGCUCCUCAAGUCAGGUUGUCUGGAGGUGGUGCUGGUCCGAAUGUGCCGGGCGUUCAACCCCCUCAACAACACCGUGCUGUUUGAGGGGAAGUAUGGCGGCAUGCAGAUGUUUAAAGCACUAGGCUGUGACGAUCUGGUCAGCGCAGUCUUUGACUUUGCCAAGAGCCUGUCCUCCCUGCAGCUGACGGAGGAGGAGAUAGCGCUCUUCUCUGCAGCCGUCCUCAUUUCCACAGAUCGGCCGUGGCUGAUGGAGCCCAGAAAGGUUCAGAAACUCCAGGAGAAGAUCUACUUUGCCCUGCAGCACAUCAUGCAGAAGAACCACAUGGACGAGGACGCUCUCGCUAAGCUGAUUGGCCGAAUCCCCACAUUGGCGGCCCUGUGCACGCUGCACACCGAGGAGCUUCAGGCUUUCCAGCAACUUCACCCCGAGACGGUCAACGCGCUCUUCCCCCCCCUCUACAAGGAGCUCUUCAACCCUGAUGCCUCUGCUGCCAUGCCCAAGUGACCGCCUCAUCACCCCCCACCCCCACCCCCACCACAGUGAAGGGGUGGGUCAUCGCAGAGGUUCGCGAUCCACAACGCAAGCUGGGUCACAACUGGACCCGACUGGACUGCUCUGAGGCACCGCCGGGCUGCAGGAAUGGAGAGGGAGGAGAAGAAGAGAUAAACCCUGACCCGGCCCGUUUGCUACAGCACCUGAACAGAACAACAACAUCCCCGGCGUCUCCAGCCGCUUUUAAGGAAAACAAACACUAGGAAUGUCCUGCACAUAAAUCCGAUCCUAUUCACCGAUACAGUUUUAAGAAUGUAUAUAGGCACCCACAACAAGAGGGGCUUUUCCAGAACUGACCAGAAAAUGUACAGACUUUAGAGCCAUUUUAAACUGUCUUUUAAUUGGGUAAGUUGUAUUGUUUCUUUGACAUCUCUUUUUUAUACAUUAUUGUGAUAUUAAAAAAGGGGGGAGAGGGGGGGAUUCCAGAAGCUACUAUAGUUCUUCUCUAGUAGAGAGCGGUACUCCAGUGUUACUUAUUGUUCCGUUCAUAUUUUAGUCUUAAUUUAAAAACAACAGUAGCCUAAGAGGCUGGUGACUUGUCUCUGUGUUUCUUGUUUUUUUUUGUUUUGUUGUUGUUGUUGUUCAAUGAUUUUAUGUGUACAGACAUUGUGACGUUUGAGUUGAGGCUUGAAGAGACUAACGCGACAAGAGGGGAAAGAUGUAGACUGCUGGUUGGGAACAUGGAAAAGCCUUGUCUGGGCUCUGUAGAUAUGUAUAGUUGGUAAUACAUUGAUGACAAUAGGAUUAUGGACCUGUAAAAGAUUUUUAAAGAAAAUGAAGACAUUUUUCCCUUUGGAGAUAUAUAGAAAGAUAUUAUAUAUAUAUAUUUUACAAAACAAAAAGGAUUAUGGCGGAUUACCAUCAUUCAUGGCUGCAGUAAAACAUCCAGUAAGACAACUGCUAUUGAACAAUCAUAACCUAUUUGCAUAACAUUGAAGGACUUCAGUCCUAAUGCUGUCUCUUCGCCCCAUCAGACAUGUUGUAGAAAAAUCAGUGAAUUUCAGUGACAUUGGACACAAGUCUCCAAGCUUAAACUUGGUGUAGCAUACUUAUUCAACGGCAGAUCAGUCACUGAAAUGUUUUGCAUAUUGUUUGAUUUUUUCCCCAUCUUGUGCUACUUAAAAGAUAACGAUUCUUACUCGAAGCAAUAAUAAUAAUAAAUAUACUUUCUCUCCAUCCUCACAGUAGUCAUACACACAUACAUACAGGGUAAGCCCAUGAGUCUCGAUACAGCAUUUUUAAGUCCGAUAAAAUGUAACACAAUAAGACAUUUGCCUGUUUGGUACUCCAAGGCUUUUUAUUCAACCACAGUCUCCUGUCACUCAUGUUACAUGACAGACAUGAACAUUUUAUUUUUAAAAUUGAUAUGUAUGAAUAUGACAUAAAAUAAUUUCUGCAGCAGAAUUAGUUUAGUUCUGUAAAAGCUGUCCACCCAGGCUGCCCAUUGGAUUCUAUCCAUGUGUUCAUGUGUCCAGUUAACCAAAUACAGUGUGAGCCGCUCGCUUCUGAGUGGUGAUGGCGUAUUGGCUAUCUGUAGCAUCCCUGCUGCCCACUCCACAGUUUGUUUUGGAUGAGCUGCUACCGAGAGCAUUUUCUAUGCACGCAUCUGCAUCAGUUGGUUGGACAAGUGCAGGCAGGGUAUCCUACAGUAAAUGACUUUGUUAGUAAACGAUUUUCCAUUAAGAAAACAUGUAAUCCUAAAAGGCAGUCCAAGAGACAUUCCACAUUUAAGGACUAUGUUGAGAUGCAAGGACAUAGAGCACUAUACCAAGAGGUUCAGCAGUUUACAGUGGCAAUAUACUUCUAAUUCUCUCCUUAUAGUAAGCUGUGAUAGACAAUCACUUAGUAACGCUGUAUUAUUUAUUUAAUGUUAGUAAUACAAUAUUUAACUGAAAUUUAUCUGCAUGUAUGUGAAAGCAUUCCUGGAUAAUGCAAUAGAACUGCUGUACACUGUGGCCACCAUGAAGAACUGCGUUUAGUUCCCGGGACAUUGGUUUUGUCUUGACUCAGGGGAGCGCUAGGUUAUUAUACAACCUAUGUUCUCUCGUGUUAGUUUUUUUUUUCUUUCAGUGAAGGCAAACGAUGGGGUCGGAGCCCAGUCUCCUGCAGCACAUGGUUUAAAAAAGCACUAAUUACUAACAUUAGGCGGUGUGGCUGUGAGAAUAUUUAUUUCCUAUGGGGGAGAUUUUUCUCACCUUGAUUAUGUAGUUACUGGAUGGUGUACUCUUUGUGAAGCUUUUAUGCCAAGCACACUUAAGGUACACAUACAUGUUCAAAUAUAUCAAGAAAUGUUUGAUAUUGAGCACUUACAGGAAAUGAACAAUUAUGCAAUUUGAGAUACACUAAAUAUGAAGAAAAAAAAUGGGGCACCAUUAUAUAAUUACUUGUAUUUUACAAAUGUGUGAGCUACUGACAUAAUCUUGAAUGAAGUUUUGUUUUACUUUACUUGUUUGGGCAACAGGCCGCUCCACAACCCUAACCAAGAGCCGACAAAUCUCACCGCCUGUGUCAAGAACUCUCUGUCAAGAACCAUCCUGGCAAAAGCCAGUGACCUGUUAAAGACAAUCACCUCUUGAUGCACUGCAAAGCAUCUGUCUCAGGGAAUUCUCUUUUGUUAUUUUGAAAAAAAGAGAGAAAUAUUUUAAAAUAUGAAACAUUUUGGGAAAAUGAAAAACACUUAGAAAAACAAUGUUCUAUACCCAGACAAGGCUUAUACAGUAUAUGUAUGUUUGUGAGUGUGUCUGUGUGUAUACUGGUCUAGGUGGACAUGCUGAAUUCACUGUCUGGACAUAGACUCCCCCACCCCCUAUUCAGCUCAGUGUAAAUAUCAGUUUUAUGGCAUACAACAUAAAUACUAAACACUUAACAUGGGAGAUUCACUUUUUGCAUUCCUCUCCUUAAGUGUCUGCUAAAGGCUGCUGUCAGUCUUUAAGUUAGAGUGUAGAAUAUACAGUGGGCCCUUAAGGCCGUUCGGGUUAUCACAUGUGCAAACAAAGACAGUGGAUUCAGCUGAAAUCUAAUUUCCUACUGAAGUGGAUUGUUUUGUUUUCUAUUUAAAAAAAAAAUUAGACUGUGAUUUGAGAAAGGAAAGGGGGGGGGGGCAGUUGGAAGCUGUUAGAUACUGUAGCAAUAACUGAAAGCAUUUACUACUGUCAUGUUUGCAUUCUAAGAUUAUUUUUUAAUUUGUAUUAUUAUUAUAAUUAUUAUUAUAUGGCUAUUAGCGUAUUGUUGUUCAGUUAUCUUUGCAUGCUGUUUCAUGACGCCAAGAUGUUUGGGGGCUUUUGUGUUUCUCUCCUCACGUGGCGCUGGGGGUGGGAAAGGGGUGGGGAUAUUUUAAUCAGAAUGUUACCGGGUAGUGUUCAGUGUGUGCUACUGAAUGCAUCUGGCCCCGCUCAUAGUACCCACAUACAAUCACACACACGCAGACACACAGACAAACAUAUACAGACAAACACUGCAUUGUACCGAGAGGGACAUCUGCCCCUUGUACCAGGCAACAUGUCAUUUUCGACAAUCAUUGAGCAUUGGGGAAAGCCAAUAAUCUUCAAUUUUGUUCAAAUUGGUGCAGAUCUCACAGAUCCCACUCCAUUAAGGGGAAAAAAUGAGACAAAAUUGACAUACCCCUUUGUUUUCAACUGUUUUCAAACGUCUGGGCUACCAUUGGUACAGCUCUCUAUUGGUAAGGCCAGAGUGAACAUGAAGCGGGUUUUCUCCCAGCAUUCUGGCCUAGCGACUGGCCUCCCUGUGGUGUCUUGUGGGUAAUUUGAGCGGAGCAUCUCAUCUCUCAUUUCUCUGGAGUCGGGGGAGCACCCCUUGUUCGCCCUACCUGGGGCAACAAUCAGCACGUUCCUCCCACUCAGCUCUUGGUUAUGCUAAUGUUUUAUUCUCUUAAGUGACACACGCGUCAUUGUCUACACAGACACAGAAAGAGAGUGUGUGUGUGUGUGUGUGUGCGUAUGGGAGGUCAGGACUCUGCUUUAUCCUACUCCUGAUGUUCAGAGCAAAAAAACUAAAAAACUAAAAAAAAACUCUUAUUGCAUAUUAUAUGCAUACAAGUGAAAACGACAGUAAUAAUUCCUGUUUAUUUAUAAAUUAGAAUGUGUCUGCCUCCCUGGAAGAAAAGUUUAAAGUAGCAUCUGUUACCAAAAUCCCUCAAGAGGUACAUAGGGUACAGAGUCUUUUUUGUUGUUGUUAUGUACUAAUAAAAAAAAGGACAAGAAUUUUUUUUCCAAGUGCCAUAGCUAGAGUGUUGAGAAGCUGAACGGCCAGAUGGGAUAGAUGCUUUACUGCAUACGUUUACUUGAGAACCAAUCAGAAGUGGGAAUUCAGAAAGCGAGCAUUAAUAUAAAUGAAAUCAAAUUGUUUGUAUUUCUUGGUGAGCUGGCCGAGACUGACGGUGAACUUUGAUGCAUCCUUACGUCCACAAAGCUCCAUUAAAUGUACCAGAGGAUGAGAGUUAAUUGCCAAGCUUGACUGUGUGUGUGUAUGAAACCGUCUUUGAUGUGUAUGAAACGUCUUUGAUAUUGAUAUGUCCAUUCUGAAGUGAGUCUUUGAUCGCUUGUGGAUAUGUGUGUUUGUAAGUACUUCGAAUGAUAAUAUUUGAAUUCCAAGCUUUGUGGAGAGGGUUGGGUGAAAGUUCGAUGUCAGUCGACGUCCUAAAAGUGUCUCCUCCUUCAAGUUGUACAUAUUAAGUGAAGGACUGAAGUGAUUUUUGUUAAAUUCUAUAUUUUAUCGCUUUUGUAGACAAUUCUUUGUGGGAAAAAAAUAAACAUUUUAUGGAUGCA